CCAAUUAUACUUGAUGCCAAACAUAGUUUUACUAAAUUACUUAUGAGACAUGAGCAUUUAAGGUUAUUUCAUGCCGGACCACAACUACUUUUAUCUUCUAUAAGAGAAGAAUAUUGGCCUAUAGGUGGUAGGAACUUAGCUCGUAGUAUUUUAAGAAAAUGUGUAGUAUGUAUACGAUUUAAAGGUUCAACCUAUAAUGGGUAACCUUCCUAAUGUAAGGACAAAUCCUAGUUUUCCUUUUUAUUCAUGUGGAACAGAUUUUGCAGGUCCGUUCAUGAUUUCAAGUAGAAAAGGUAGAGGUAGUCGAGUAUCAAAAUGUUACCUUUGUUUAUUUGUUUGUCUUACAACUAAAGCUGUUCACUUGGAGCUCGUUAGUGACCUUACUACUCAAGGUUUUUUAAUGUGCCUUAGGAGAUUUGUUUCGAGAAGGGGAAAACCUUACGAAAUUUAUUCAGAUAAUGGAAAAACAUUUGUAGGGGCUAACAAUGAAUUGGGUAGAGUGCUUAAGUCUAGUCGCGAGGCUGUGACAGAGUAUGGCAGUACUGAAGGCAUUAGAUUUAAAUUUAGCCCUGCAUAUUCACCUCAUUUUGGGGGUAUUUGGGAAGCUGGGGUUAAAUCAUCCAAACAUCAUCUUAAGAGAAUAGCUGGCAACGCAGCCUUAACAUUUGAGGAACUUGCAACGUUGUUCACACAAAUAGAGGCUAUCCUAAAUUCCCGUCCCCUAUCUCCUCUCUCAUCCGACCCAACCGAUCUCCUACCCUUAACCCCUGGGCACUUCCUAAUCGGGCGGCCACUCAAGUCGGUGCCGUCCUUGCUAAUUGAAAAGUCUAGAGCUAACAGAUACGAGCGUAUAGAGCAGCUGCGGCAACAGUUUUGGGAGCGAUGGCGCCGAGAGUACCUCGCCGAACUCCAACAGAGGACCAAGUGGCGGAGACCAGACCGGGAACUCAAAGUAGGCGACUUGGUCAUCCUCAAAGAAGACAACCUACCUCCAUUAUGCUGGCGACUAGGCCGCAUAACCAAACUUUACCAAGGACCAGAUGGCGUCAGCAGAGUCGCCGACGUCCUCACAUCGAGAGGGACUGUCAAGAGGGCAGUCCACAAGUUUUGCAUCAUACCUGGAGAUGACAUCGACCCAAAUUCAACUGCUUGAUAGCUGUGCUAUCAAGGCCCGGGAGGAUGUUAACGCGCACACUGUGCAGGCGCGCCAAACCGAUCCACCGUGCAGCACGAGAAGGGGAUGCGGGACGCGCGGGAGGAGGGCCGCUGGCCGCGUCGCUUCGCCGGGGCCGCGCGCCGGACUCUUUCGCCAUCGGCACCGGACGAGUGCACACGUCGUGAUUAACCUAAUAUUUUUGUAUAACGCCAAUCGCCACACGUCGUAACUAUGAAACCUAUGUAACUAAUUACUUUCUUAAGAAUAUAAGCAGUUUGUACCAGAA